AUGGACAAUCACGGAUCAGACCAGGUGAACGGCCCAAUCCGCCUCUGGCAAGACGGAGACAUCGUCUUUCUCAAAUACAGCCAACAUUUCCUCGACAAAGAUUACAAAGAGCUCAUUGCUUCAGGCUCUGGGCCCGAGAUCAACUUCCUCCCGCCUUGGAGGAUGGCUGCUCACCAAGAGAAGCACUUGCACGACUUUCACGCCUUCAUCGGCACAGAGCUACCACCGAACAGCCCUCAUGAACAUCUCAAACUCUCUGAUCCGGGAUCCAAAAUGAACAAGCCAAGAGCGUCAUGGGUCUAUGCCAAAAAUUUCUGGACAGUGCCAUACAGGGUUCUCCUUCCGUGGAACAAGGUUCCAGGACGAUUGCAAGUUUCUGGGGAGAGCCUGGCACGUCUCAGAGCUGACAUCAAGCUCAAGUAUACUGUCGAGCUUCAGAACGCCUUUGCUAGGCUGACCACAUACCACAUGAAGACAGGGCCUCUCCAAGCUCCCAGGGUAUCUCAGGCUCCAUAUGCUGGCAAACAUCCUAAGGGCCCAGCUAUCGCGCGCCACAGCUCAUCAGACUCAGAGGGUACAUUACCGAAAGCCUGCUUUGCCGCUCACAGGAGCUCAGCCAUGAGGUCUCAGCAAGUAUACCGAGGAGGCAAGGCCACACAGCACCCCAACUAUGAGCCCUUCGGUUGUCGACAUGCCUCAAUGAAGAGCGUAUCUGAGACUCGGCCUCAUCGGCCUCGUCAGCCAUACAAAGACCACAUGUGGAUUAAUUCAGACUUCGGAGACACCAUCGCUCUCAAUCGCGUCGCGGCCCUGGUCGAGAAGCAAAUCAAUUCUGGUCAUAUGACCUCUCAGAAAACGGAGUCGAUGAACGACGAGAUAACAAUUGGCACAAGAUCAUAA